AUGCUGCGGCGAUUGGACGACGCGCUCGCGGAUUUGAUCGAGCUCGCGCGGCCGUUCGCGCCGCGGCGGUCGGACCACCGCGCGUCGCCGCUGGGCGCCUUCGACGAGGAGGCGCUGCCGAGGGCGGCGCCGGUCGUCGACGUCGAGUUCGCGGACGUCACGGUCGUGUUGCCCGGCGGCCGCGUCGCCGUCGACGGCGCGACCGGCGCGUUCCGCGCGGGCCGCGUCACGGCGAUCCUGGGGCCGUCGGGCGCGGGCAAGUCGACGCUCCUCGACCUCGUCGUCGGCCGCGUGCCCGCGGCCGGCGCGGCCGUGGCCGGCGGCGUCGCCCUGAACGGCCUGGCGCCGCGCGACGUGUCGCCCGCGCUCGUCGGCGCCGUGCCCCAGGACGAGCACUCGCUCCUGGGCUGGCUCACGGUGCGCGAGCUCGUGCGCUUCUACGCGGCGAUCCGCGAGCGCCGCGAGCGCGUGCCCGCGGGCGAGUCGCGCGCCGCGGCCGCGCGGCGCCGCGAGCGGCGCGUCGCGCUCGUGCUCCGCGAGCUCGGCCUCUACGGCGAGCGCGACGCCUACGUCGGCGUCGCCGGCGACGCGCGGCGCCGGGGCCUGAGCGGCGGCCAGCGGAAGCGCGCGUCCGUCGCCGUGGAGCUCGUCGCGGACCCGUCCGUCCUCGUCCUCGACGAGCCGACGUCCGGUUUGGACGCGUCGACGGCCGACGCGGUGCUGUUGGCGCUGAAGAACGCGGCGGCGCGGGGCGUCUGCGUCGCCGCCGUGCUCCACCAGCCCAGCGCGCGCAUGUGGCGCUCGGUCGACGACGCGAUCAUCUUCGCGGCCGCGGGGCGCGUCGCGUACGUCGGCGCGGCGGCCGCGGCGGCGGCCGCGUUC